AUGGAUCCUUUCUCGAUAACCUUGGGAGUUGUUACAUUAACUACCCUAGCAUCCAAAGCGGGCAUCGAGCUCAAGAAGCUGCGGAGUGGCGCUGCAGAAGCAACUAACAACGUCAAUGCGAUGCUAGCUGAUCUCAAAGCUCUCAAGACUGUACUCGAUCUGAUCGAGGAUGGGUUCGAAGAUUUGGACAGCAGGGCGCCUCUGACCGGUCAUAUCGGUUCACACUGGUCCGCGUUACAAACAACCCUUGGCGACGGAUGCGAGAGCCUGCAAAAGCUAGAAUCGCUACUCGUAUUGGUCAAUAAAGAGGUGAGAUAUCUAGACUCUGCACGACGAGCACUGCGCCUCAAAGAAGCCAAUGAUCAAAUCAUCAUGUACAGACAAGAGAUCCAAGCCUACAGAGACGCUCUGCAGCUUUCCUUCCAGUCCGUGAUCUUGUCAUACGACCUUCACGAAGAUCUUGGUCGACUUGCCACCAACCUCGAAGUCAAGCUCACAGCGCUGGAAACAAUACUUGUUGAGCGGCAGAGUACUGAUAACGCGAGCAUAAGCCAUCUGAAAAGAUGCGCCAGGACAGCGGAGACCGUAGUCGCAUCUGCCUCGACAGCACUCGGAGACGAUGAUACCAUAAACGAGUCUGCAGCAACUUCCGAUGUCGUGUCUGAGUUUCAUUGGUUAUCCUCUACAUCCAAAGGCAUCUUCUCAGAGGUCUACGUUCCAACGAUCUUCGAGAACUACAUCGCAGACUUUCACGUAGACGGAGUCGACUUCAAGUGUACUUUAUGGGACACAGCAGGUCAGAGUGACUUCGACCGUGUUCGACCGACAAGCUAUGCGCAAACCGACAUAUUUUGCAUAUGUUUCUCCAUAGACUACCCAGACUCGCUGGGGAAUGUUAAGGAUAAAUGGUUCCCCGAGAUCAGUCAAUACAAACGGAAAACAGACCCAGUGUUCUUACUGGGCUUCAAAGAGGACUUGCGACAUGAUCCCAAAACCAUCGAAGAGCUCAGUAAACAAAACCUGACACCCAUAACUACGAAGCAGGUGAGCGCGGGAAACGUUGCAUCUAUAUGCCGUAUGGCAGUACUGACCUCGCCGCAGGGCGAAGCACUGGCAAAGAGCAUUGGCGUAUUGAAGUACUUUGAGUGCUCUUCAAUACGACACCAAGGCACCAAGGAGAUCUUUGAGACCAUUCUUAGCAUGGUACUUAUGGCGAGUCCACAGCUCAAGAAGCGAUACAAGAGUGGGAACUGGAGGCGGAGAGCCAUCAACAAGCUGCAACCAAGCUCAUAG